CCUCCUCCCCAAUUAUUAGCAGACAAAAGAAGCGACCAAUAUCUCUUAUGAACCCUAAAACUUUGUGAAGAGAAGAAAGACAAGACCGACCAAAUUUGAUCAUUAUACAAUAGGUUCACAAUGGUAGACCCUAUAACACCCAGAAGGAAACUGAAAUGGACAUUACCAGAAGAAGCAGCCCUAAAAUCUGGUGUUGACAAACACGGAGCAGGGAAAUGGAAAAACAUUGUGUCAGAUCCUGAAUUUGGUCCUUGUCUUGUUUCCCGUACCAAUGUAGACUUAAAGGACAAAUGGAGGAAUAUGACUGGUGAGAGUUCUUAUAGGCCAAAAGUUAAGUUGGUACCAACAACAACACACUCAAAGACUCCAUCAAAAAGUGCCAUCUGUAACCCUGCUGAUGUGUAUACCGAAGUUAAGUGGCGUGGUUCGGUAGAGAUAUCAUCAUCAAAUAGGAGUCGUGAUGAAAUUUCAGGUAUGACGGACAACUCCUGUAAUGGAAGCUUAGGUGCUUCUGCUAAAAGAAAUGGGUCACUUUAUCCCAUUGAAGUUCUUGUUGCUGCGAUAGAAUCAAUUGAUUCUAAUGAGCUGGUAAGGGUAUCUGAAGAGCCUACAGAAGAUAUAUUGGUUCCUGAUAAUCCAAAAGAGAAUAAACUGGCUGUUCCGAACUUUUUGAGAAAGAGAUUUAGAGAGAAACCUCCUCAAAACUAUGCCAUACAAAAAAAGGCAGUAAAGAAGUUUAAAAGUUCGUCAAUGGUUGAUUCAAGUAAUUUUGAAACCCUUAUGAUGGCUGUGAAUUAUGUCAGUAAGAACGAUAAUGAUGAACCAGCAGAGGAGAAAGAAACUCAUAGCUUACUAGACAAUGCAGAGAAACAGUCAGAAGCAGUUUUGGUGAAUAAAUCUGUUGCAGUAUCCUCCGGAAUACAUCAAGUUCUUGGUGAUAUGUCCGCCAAUUCAGCUGAGGGUCGGUCGUUAAGAAUUAGAAAGCUUGCGAGUUUCGAACUCAGUAUUCUACCAGAGGGGAAUACUUUAGUUUCUGAUCGGUUGUUAGGAAUUAAGAAACUCACGAGUUUCAAACUCGGUAGCCUGCAAGAGGGUAAUACCUCCAUAAGAAAGUCCUCUAAAGUAUGCUCUAGUUAUAAUAAGGUUUUUUCGCCCAGAAACAAUGAUCAACAGAGAGCAUAUAUGUCUGCUGAAAAGAGUUGCAGAGAACAAUGUCUGUUGAUGGCUAAUUCGCAUGGAGGCAAUGUGUGUGGAUGUGAAAAUCGGCAAACUUCAAAUAUGACCUCCGAACAACAAAGAUUGCAAAAGAAUUUUUGCUGGCGUGAACGGAGAAAACGACUAGACGCAGAAGCUGAGGCAUACAUCUUGAAAGACAGACGCCGACAACAUUCAUUUCUGCUGCAACAUCCAUCGACUAACUCACAGAAACUCCAAGCACCUCCUGCAAUAAUGGGUCAGCAUGUUAUAAGUGAAUGUCAAGUGUUGGGCCAUGAUACUUCAGUGAAGAUAUCUUCUAAUGGGUUCCCUAGUUACAACGAGAAGGGUUUUGCAGAAACAGUCUGUGAUAGAAGCGCAAGCCAAAAAGCCACCCAACAAAGGAGAAGAGCAUCUAUAUCCGCUAAAAAGAGUGCGAAGAAGCUCGAAGAGCAUCAAUGUUUGCUGAAAAGACUGCGAAGACGCUUCCUGGGACAGAACGAUGUUGGUAUGGGACAAAUGCACAGACAGACAACUAGCAAACUUCAGGUAUGACUACUAAACUAUUUUGUGUACGCUUGAGCAUGGAAAGCGACGAGCUAAAAACACAGUGAGACCCAUCUGAGAAGACAGUCACGGACAACGUUCAUUUCGGCUGCAACAUUCAUCGACCAACUCACGACAGCCCCGGCCAACUCAUGCAAUUACGAAUCAAUGUCCAAAGUGAAUGCAGAGGUCUGGUUAAUAUUCAGUAACGACUAACUCACAACAACUCCAGCAACUUUUAGGGUGCUCCUUGAUACAAACAACUGUAACUAACCCAUAACCAAUAAGAACUACUCCCAGUAAGAGCCACUUUUGGUUCUCUUUUCUCCAACCAAGGUUAUUUAUUAUUUGAAAAUUUUGGGUUUGCACUUGCA